GUAAAUGGCGUGUCCGGCGCAGGAGCAGAGGCACCUUGACGCACCAGUGCGCACAGGUGACGCUCAGGUGCAACACAUUUUGUCACUUUUAUGCGUCAGAAAAAAAAAACCAAAAUUCGAACGCUCCGGCAUGAACGAUUGAUUCAGCUCAUGGUGCAUGUUAUUCAGCUUUGUAGGCUUAAUGGCUCAGUUGACAGCCUAACUGUUUAGUAAAACACAUAGUCCCCAAAUUUUAUUAAAAAAAGACACAUUAACACUUUUGGACGAGUCUGAGGACAGUUGCCGUUUUUUUUUUUUUUUUUUAAUGCUGGUGAAACAACUGAGAUCAGUUCUGACCCUGAGGUGGUCCAGCCGGCUUCAAACGGGCUGCUGGACAGUAACGGGAUCCCGUCAGUAACGGGAUUUGCUCCGUGGCUCGUGUCUCACGCGUGGCUGUAAAGGAAUAAUUCCCCCUUGUUUCUUCUCAUCCAGUUUUGAGGCCUUUCUAAAGCAGCUGGGCACGGGGCCAGGUCACUCUCGGGCCAGUUGGGUCCAUCCAAACGAGGCGGUGUGAUGACAACAGAUCAACAGCGUCACUUCAUUCACAUCUCUGGAUUAAAAGUGUGCACGAGGCUGGAGGGGGGAGAAAAAGAUCACCCGUUCCUCUAUUCUUUCUUCUUCUCUCUUUCUUUCUUUUUGUUUGUUUGAUGUGGUAUUUCUGUGCCUCAUUUGAACGCAUAAUUUUUGCAGCGUUCGUGACAGAACAGGCAGCAACGCAGGUCUGGAGGGGGCAGACUCGGUGCAGCUGUGCGUGUGACACAUGGCGUUAAAAAAAAAUAAAAAAUUAGACGUUCACUUUGCAGAACAAAUCCCAUUUAAAGGGCAGAUGCACAUUCAUUUAAAUUCCCCCACGACACAACAUGCAUGAAAUACAGUUUGGAAAAAAAAAAAAAAAAAGGGUGGCAGGGUGAGAUCACUUCAUCCUCAGCAGCAUCACCGGAUACACGCACACGGCCUCUGGUAUGAAACUCUCACUUAUUCGGAUGCUUAAUUUGCAUACAGUCUCUGUGUUCACACCUCCCACACACACACACACACCCUGUACUGUAUGCAGUGUGCGGCCUCCUGUCUUUCCCUUCGUACUGAAACUCGCCCUCCUCCUCGCCAGCUCGUCCUCUCUCUCGGGCCUCAGACAUGUUCGGUGUUGUCCUCUGCACGCUCAUUUUUCAGCGCUUGUCCGCGGCGGCGCCUGCGACGGACCGCGAGAUUUCGCCGUGGUUCACGGGGUGCGUCAGCGCCGGCAGCUCGGUUCUCCGAGCACCCGAAGGCGCCCGUGACCUUGACCCGGUAGCCUGCUCCGUGCGCUGCCUGGAUGAGGGGUUCCAGGUUGCUGCGGUGAGCUCAGAGGGUUGUUACUGUGGCAGCCGGCUGCACAGUUUGGUGUCCUGCCAGUGUUUCAACACAUCUUCCAGUGGAGAGAUGAAGGACGUCACAGGAGAAGAAAGACAGAGCGUCCUCUCCCUGCCUGUAGGAGAUGGACGGGGAUGUGUGGCUCUCUACAGAACUGAAGGACCGUUUCUGCACAGGGUUCGCCUGUCUGCCUCUCCACACAGGGCGCAGGCUGGGCAGACCUUUGUUGUGAAAGUUUCAGGCAACCUGACUGGACGCCCCGACCAGCCCACAGGGAUUCCGGCUCUGCGAAGGCAAGAUUUCUCUUACGUCACUGUUGAGAUUCAGGAAACGACCCAUAAAGGUCAAAGUUCACAGCGUGUCAGCGUGCCGGCCGACGGCUCCUUUGUUGUGUCGUCUCACUGGAUUUUGGAAGCGCCGGGAAACUACGAGCUAUACGUCAUUGUCUCCAACCCCCUCUCCGCGCUCUCCUCCACCCUCCACCUCUCCGUCUUUCAGCCCCCGGUGAUCUCUGUGCUUCACGGCCCCAUGGGCGUCCCCUCCUGCAUCCCCUUCCUCCCCGAAGACUCCGACAGUGUUAAAGUGGAGGCGCUGUACGUGGGUGACCCCGCCACGCUGCAGGCAGACGUGGGCGAUGGUCUGGUUGAGGAGUUUUAUUGGUGCUUUACUCACGAGGAAAAAGGGACAAACAUGGAGGACGUGAAGACAGUUUGCACCCACAGCUCUGACUGUGUGAACGGCACUGUGGACUGGACCUUUGAAGCAGAGGGAGUCUACAUGGUGUCAGUGAACGCCUCAGGUGCUUUUGGAUGGACAGAGGAGAGAAUACAUGUUGUGGUGGUGCGUCCCGCCAUGUCUGACCUCAGAGUGAGUGUAUCGGGGAGGAAGCUGACCUCAGGAGAGUGUGUUCCCGUGGACGUGGAGCUGUUCACCACCAUGAAGCACCUUCUCGUCCUCAACCUCACACUGACCGCUGAGCACGGCCGCAUUGACAACACAGCUCAUUUUGAUGGAGAUGGAAAUGAUUCAAGCGAAAUGACUCAGCAGGGAAACGGCAGCGAUCAUGGCUGCAACAACAGGACCAUCAGCUGUGGUCACAGUCUCAAUCAAAACCACGAUAACAUCCGUUGUCACGCUGGCACCCAUUUAUAUCUGCUCUCGGACACCUAUCUCAACAUCCACAGCCGCUCCAGCUGCCAUUUGAACCUCUACCUUUGCUGCUGCCUCCACCCCUCUGCAGGACAGCACCACCUUACAGCUUCAGUUCUCUCCACUUCGGAUCCUCCGUCAGUGCUGCUCUCUGACACCUCGAUGUUGUACGAGAAUAUAUGUGCACUGAGGCCUUCUGGGAGCUGGAAGUCAGAAGUUUCAACACACGUGGAAUUCAGCCUGGAGGUCCUCAGCAAUGCCAGCCGAGUGGGCUCGAGAGUGAGCUGGACCUUUAGUUUGGACGAUGACAUCGUGUUGAACAGGACAACCGAAGAGUGGAGCAUAAAGGCGUCUCUUUCACUGGCAGGCUGUUACAAAGUGACAGUUGAGGCCUUUAACCCAGUCAGCUCUGCAUCGUUCUCCACACACAUCCUCGCUCAAGAUCAAGUAGGAGAGUUGGCGUUAAAUGCUCAAAGUGUGAUCGCAGCAAAUCAAAAACACACUGUCCUAUUCAGCGCCACGGCGGGGUCAAACAUGACCCUGUCUCUGCUGGUGAAUGCAGCACUGCUGUACAGAAACAGCAGUUACACGACAGGAGAGCAGGCGACAGUGGUUUUGCAUGUCAACCACACAGAGACGGUUGUGGUGGAGCUUCGAGCUGAGAACCGAGUGUCUUCUCAGAAGAAAAGCUUGAGGCUGUGUGUGGAGGGGAACAGGAAGCCGUCACCGCAAGUUAGAGUUAAUCCAACGUGGCAGCCACCUACCAGUCAGAGUCCUGUUCACAGCUCGGCUGACAAUGUGCGGAUUUAUGCAGCAAAGCAAGCCUAUCCCACCAGUACAGAUGUAACCUUCCAGGCUGUGACUGACGUACCAGACCCCGUGGAGUUCCUCUGGCACUUUGGAGACUCAACAUCAGCCCGAACCACCUCAAGGACCGUCACCACAAGAUACCACAAACCUGGCAGGUAUGAUGUAGUUGCAGUCAUGUCAAGCGGCCGGACCUCCCUCACCUCCGAUGUGUUCCCACUGGUGGUCCAGAGAGCAGUGAAGCUCAACCGUCUGAUCCACCAGCCGUCUGUCCCGCAGAACCAAAUGGCGACGGUGAGCUGUCGGGUCAACGUGGGGACCGACGUCGGCUUCCUGUGGAGCUUCGGAGACGGAUCAUCCAGACUGGGACAGAGCACAGAGCAGCACGUCUUCCACAGCACAGGAGAGUUCACAGUGACGGUUACCGUGUCCAACCUGGUCAGCUCGGCCUCCCUGAGCAGUCCCAUCUUUGUCGUGGACCGGCCCUGUCGGCCUCCACCGGUCAAAAACAUGGGACCUCUUAAAAUACAGGUGCGGAGAUACGAGGUGAUCCGUCUCGGGGUGACCUAUGACUCGGAAGUGGAUUGUGACCUUUCAGGAGGCCUUCGAUACACCUGGACCUUGUUUGACUCUGCAGGACGGGACUUCCCUUUGCCCCUCGUAGACACACACAGACAGAGCCUAGUACUGCCCGGCUACAUCCUGCGUUAUGACACCUACACUGCCAGAGCCAAGGUUCAGGUGGUUGGAAGCGUGGUGUACAGUAACUACAGCGUGAGAGUGCAGGUGAUACCAAGCCCUCCUGUGGCCUUCAUCCAGGGCGGCACCAACGUCUUCAUCAGGAGCAGGAACACCACUGCGGUCGUGCUGGACGGGCGGAGAUCUUACGACCCGGACUUCCCCAUGAGCCCAGUCAGCUUCAGUUGGACAUGUAAGCCAGUCAGUUCCAUCGCCAGCUCCUGCUUCCACCGAGACGUUCCCACCUCGUUCCCCGUGGUCGCAUUUCCAGCUACAUUCCUUAGGCAGAACUUUGACCAGUUCCAGUUCACGCUCACCAUCCACAGCGGCGAGCGCUCGGCUUCGUCAGAGACCUUCCUCACAUUGACAUCGAAUGUGAUCGGGAAGCUGUCAGUGUACUGCCCUCACUGCCAGGGAGAGCACGUGAACUGGGAUCAGUCUUUCUCCGUCAGCGCCUCAUGCGAAGGCUGUGAUAUUGACCCGGACUACAUCCAGUACUCCUGGCGCCUCUUUUCAGUCAAUGCGUCCUCCAAGCCUGUCAUUGAAGUCCCGUUUUGUUACUCAGUGGAUCUUGCCACUCCAUCCGCUGUUAUGGAGGGUCCUGCCGCUUCCCCUCGGACCUCUGUGACUUCCACCCACAAUUCCUCCGAAUCCAGCGUCCAGAAGCUGGAUCUGAACGUGACAGGCAGCGGAACAUUAUCGGAGAAUACCAGAAAGAAGACGACUAUGGCCGGUUUGACGGAACCGGAGCCCGAGCUUUUCUCUUCCUUAGCCCAUAUGAGAGCGGAAGGAUCGGGAGAGGAGCCCUUUUAUCACCCUCUGGGGGAGUUUGACCCUCCGGAGCCUUUGUACUCUCCCAGUGAAUACCAGCCCCUCGCCCUUGACAACAGCGGCGUCCUAUAUUUAGACCACUUUGGCCAGAGUGGCGUUAUCAGCAAAUUCCCAAUUGAUUCCUCCGCUGACUGGGAGUUUUCCUCCCCCGUUUUGGAGAGCGGCGGCUCGGGAGGUCGAUCAGAUUUGGAUUACGACGUUGCCUGGAUGACCGCAGAGGAAGGAGACCCAGGGAUUUCAGCCGGAAGACCAACAGGUGUGGACGGUGAGAACCUCAGUCCCGGAGAUGAUUUGGAGUUUGAGCCGUCGUUGCAUGAAGACGAGGGGAGUGAUCUGGUCGAUUCCAGGCUGCCUGUUGUGAACCAGGAGCCGAUCUUGCUUGAUUUAUCUCGAGACCUGGUCGACAGCGGGCUUUUUGAGUCCUACACUUACACAGGAAUCUCCUCCUCUGUGCUCGGGUUCAGACCCUUCAGUCUGAGGCCUGGGAGCAGGUACAUGUUGGAGGUCACCGCCAAAUCCGAUGACAGUCUUCUGGGCCGGACUCAGCUAUUCUUAAAAACCAACCCUGCUCCGAAAGGCAUGACGUGCCAGGUGCAACCGGAGGAAGGAAGGGAGUUAUACACUCACUUCAGCAUCUUCUGCGCCUCUGGGAAGGAGGACCUAGUGUAUAAGUACAGCAUCCAGGCAGGCGACGGACCACCCAGGGUUCUGUACCAGGGGAGAGACUUCGAGUAUUACUUCGGUCUUCCUUCUGGUGACUCCAGCGAUGACUAUAAAGUGACUGUUUACACGGAGAUCAGAAGCAGCACGUACGGGGCGGCCACUAAACCCUGUCCCGUCACCGUGCGAGUCCGACCAAGCUUCUCCAGAGACAACUCUCCUUCGUCGUCUUCUUCCUCUUCAUCCCAUCUUGAUCCAGAUCUGGAGCUUUCAGAGUCUGGCUUGAGGAACCUGUCGGCUCUGGUGCAGCUCGGGAACAGUGCGGAGGUCCGUAACUACGUCAGUCUACUCACCGGCAUCCUGAACAGACUCAGCCUGGACGCCCAGGCCAACACGCCUGCGCAGAGACACACACGCAAUGUGCUCAUUCGCACAGUGUGUGAGCUCGAGAGCAGAGAACAGGCAUCAAUGGUGGACAACAUCUGCAUCCUCAAACACCUUUUACAAGCUACUAGUCAGGUGACGUUCGCGAGUGCGAGACAGGCGACACUUCAUGUUCAGGCCAUCUCAGACGGAAUUUCAGAGUCCGGCGCUCCGGCGUGGUACUAUCUGGACGAGAAGACGCUCGACACCCUGAUGGCCCUGCUCUCGUACAGCCUACAAGCUGCUGUCAGAUAUAAUGACAUCACACCGGAAAUGUCCAACAGUGCUGACGUUAAACUGGCAUUAGAUUCAGACUCACGUGAGGAAAACAGCGGUGUUUACAUCAGGAAGGGAGGAUCGAUUUCAAAGCAGGUGGUGCAGCUUGUAGCUGAUACUCUGCAGACCGCUUCAGACAUGAUGCUGAAAUACAUCUUGUUCCAUAAAGCCCAGGAACACAGAGUCAACAACGGUUUUAUCGCCUUAUACGCCACAUACCAAAACCAAACCUCCACGGUCAUCAGCAGUGGUUCUGCCGCCUUCCACAUGCCCGCCUCCCUGAUCCAGCGUCUGUUUGGUCGUCACAGUGGAGGGACUGAGAGCAGACGGCAUCGACCACCGUGUGUUCUCGGCGUGCUGACGGAGCUCACGCACAGCCCUUACACCUGGGCCCACUAUCCUAGGAGGCUGAGCGGACCAGUGAUUGACCUGAGUCUGUACGAGUGCAGCGCGAGGAGGAAGAUCGCUGUUCGCUCCCUCGUGCAACCGGUAAACGUCGAGAUGCAACAACCGGCAAGAAACAAGAGCUCUGCGCAUGAGUACGUCCUCCAGCGCAGCGGGGUCAACUACCACAGCUUCAAUAUUACCCAGGAGCACUUGCAGCAGGCCAUCCAGCUGAGUGUGGCGUUCACCCCGCAACUCAGCAAGCCAUUUCCCAUCCUGCUGCUCUUCAGGAUGUUUGAGAGGCCGACUCCCAGCAUGCACCACCUGCACAGGAUUCACCGCUGGGAGAGUGACACCACUCAGUUCACUCUGCCCUCAUCCUACCUCAGUGGGGUGGCUCACCUGGCCGUGCUGAAUGCUGAUUUUGAGAAAGCCCCCAGACACAAGCACCUGAGCGGAGAGGUGAGCUACACGCUCACAGUGGAGAGCAGCUUGUGUUUGUCCUGGGACGACCACCGGGGGGCCUGGACACACCACGGCUGCAGGACACAGCGAGCAGACGCAACCGCUGCUGUCAGCUGCAGUUGUCACCAGUUGAGGCCGCUGACUGUGGCGCAGCACCGGAUCCACAGCAGCCACGACGCAACCGAUCUGGACCCGUUCCUGAGUGUGACCCGUGAUCUGACAGUGCUGGGUGUGCUGGUGCUGUGUGUGUGCCUAUUCAUCCCCGGGUUGGUGGCGCGCAAGAAGGCGGAUGUCAUGGCCAAGGCUAAUCGGAGAGUCCACUACCUUUCUGACAACUCCCAGUGUGACCCUUAUCUCUAUGCUGUGACCGUCCACACUGGUCCCUGCUCUGCAGCCUGUAUGAGCGCAAAGGUUUACAUAGCGCUGAAUGGUGAAGAUGGGGUCUCGCAGACAAAAGAACUACAAGUCCCAGGAUGCACUCUGUUCCGGAGGAACUCUCAUGACACCUUUAUAUUCAGUGCAGCAGACAGCCUGGGCCCAGUGUGGGGGGUCCACAUCUGGCAUGACAACUCUGGACCCUCCCCAGACUGGUACCUAAACCAAGUGGAGGUAUCUGAGGUGAGCAGGGGGCAUGUGAGGGGACGUGCGUGGCUCUUUGUCGGCCGGUGCUGGUUGGCUGUGAUCAAAGGCGAUGGCCAGGUGGAGAGAAGGCUGCGCGUUUGCACUCGGGGAAUCGGCUUCGCUGAGAUGUUGAGUCUCAAGCUUUCGGACUACUUGGCCGACCAUCACAGCUGGAUAUCUUUGCUCAGCUGCCCCUGCCAUCGCUCAUUCACACACACUCAAAGACUUGGCGUGAACCUGUUGCUCCUGUUGGGGUACGCAUGUGUCAACGCAGCCAUCGUAUCACGGAUGGAUGAUCAGUUGCCAUUUGAGUUGGGUUUUACUGAUGUAUCAGCUGUGUCCGUGACAGCAGGAGUAUUAAGUGUGUUGGCAGUGUUGCCUGCAGCAGGAAUUAUAUCCUUCCUGUUUCGACUGCGCGAUGUCGAGUUGGCACGGUCAGGAGUCCGACAAGUGACGGGCAGGAAGACUGAAAAGGCCACACUUGAAGAUGCCCUUUCAGUCUCUGACAGUACAUCUGAGCCACAUCUCUUUUGGAGUAGUCUGCAGUGGGCGCAGGACACCUGGAGGAGGAAAUACCAGGGCAUGGAUGUUCUUUCAGCGUCUACUACAAUAGUGGAUAAAAACACAGAUAUCGAACCUGUAAUCCAAACAGAUGUGAUCAUGAGAAGGGAGGCGCUUGAGGACAAUACGGGACGAGCCCUUCAAAAUUUCCUGCUGAUUACUGAGGGCAACAGUGUCCAUCGAGCACCUGAGGGAAAUGAGUCUGACAUUUUGAGUGAACGCAGCAGCUUUUAUGGAGCCCGGAAGGCUUUUUUGUCUGGUGCAAGGGAAGGAGGUCAGGCAGUUCAGAAGAAGGAAGAUCCUCAAGGAAAACGGAACGAGGGCAGGCAUCACCAGGCAGCGUGGCCCAGCCACAGCAGUGGUCAUCACAUCGCCGACAGACUGAAAAGGAGAGGACUCAGACCAGUCUCUCAGUGGUGUCACUAUAUGGCCUGGACACUGUGUCUGCUGUUGUCCCUCUGCUGCCUGCUGCUCUCUGCUGUGCUGGGAAUGAGGUUCAGCAGCAGCAAAGUUCUGCUGUGGAUACACUCUCUUCUCAUCUCCCUGAUGUCUUGCAUCUUCCUCAUCCAGCCAGCUGUGAUAAUUACAGUGGCAGUGACUGUCUCCUUAUGGUACGGGAAGAGAGCAGACUUUCAUAGUUUCUCCACUCUAAGAGAUUUUGAGAUGGAGACACCACAGCUGUGGACACACGAUGGUGCUAUUCAACCAGACGGGACGCCUGUCUUUUCCCAAGAGAGAUGUUCACACCUCAAAACGCUGCUCAGAGCUCGUCAGCGAGCCCGGUACCUCCGUCUCGUGUGCCCGCCGACCGCAGCAGAGCUGAGGGUAGCUCGUGGGAAGAAAAGAAGAGAGGCACUCCUCCAUAAAACCCUCAGGGAUUUGUCUGUCUGUGGCUCCAUGCUCCUCCUGAUGCUGUGUAUAAAUUAUGGCAGCUCAUUUUCCGACCAUUACCACCUCAACAAAGCUGUCAGGAGACAGUUUGUAAGCAGAGGCCGUGAUAAUGCCUUUAUGUCCAUACAAAAUCACAACGAGUGGUGGAAGUGGGCACAGACCAGUCUCCUUAAUUCUCUGUACAAGAAUGCAUCAGCUGCACCUGAGUCACACAUCUUGAUUGGAGAGCCAAUCCUGUGGAAGGCGGAGGUGUCGAGUUCAUUUCAGGGCCAGGUCUCGAGUGUGACCACUCACCCACAAUCCAGCGUCUUCAUCCCUACAGCAGCGCCUCCAGAGACAUGUGGUCACCUGGGCUGCUACUUAGGACCGGGUGCUACAGUUGGCCUCAGCCGCACAAAGUCCCACGCCGCGUCCAAACUGAAGCUCCUGCAUUCAGGUGGCUGGCUGGGCAGACGGACGGUGGCCCUGAAGGUCCAGUUCACAUUGUUCAGCCCUGCGCCCAACUUGUUCACCAGCGUGACCUUGCUCGCUGAGCAGAGCCCCGCUGGUAUCCUGCUGCCCUCUGCCAAAGUCCAGUCAGUUAGAGUGUAUCGCACCCCUGCUUUGUGGGACUAUGCUGUUAUGGUGUGUCAGCUCAUCUUCCUUCUCUUGUCUCUGCUGCAACUAUGGGAUCAAAUGUACACUGUAGGGCAGCAAGGGCUGAUGGGAUACUGGAGAAAACCAUGCAACUGGCUGGAAGUCAGUUUGCUGGCAGUGAUCCUUGUGUACUAUGUUUAUUACAUCUAUCACUCCGUCAUUCUCUUGGAGGUUGCGGAGCUGCUGCAGAGAGACAAUCACAGAGGACAUGUUGAUGUCGGCGUCCUGGCUACCUGGGAACAAUGUGUUCGCACUCUUCGUGGCGUUACGCUCUUCCUCCUCACCGUGAAGUGUGCGACCGUGCUGAGGGUCAGCAGGACGUUGGCCGCCUCUGCUACACUCCUCACCCGCUCGCUCUCCAGCCUUUUCUGGCCGAUGGUUUCAGGUCUUAUACUGAUGGUGGCACUGUCCUGCGUGGGGAAUCUCCUGUUCAUACAAAGCUCCGGGGCCUUCAGCUCACUUUCCCGCUCCCUCCAGACUCUGCUCUGUCACCACUGGAGUCCCAGGGCUGUCGGAGGCCUCCACGUCUCCUGGAGUGAUUUCCUUUACCACGGAGUUCUCUGUCUGUCCUUCACUGUGGCGUGGACAGCAGUGGUGAAAGUUGUGGCGUCGUCGUCGAUCAGACGUGCCAAGAGAUCUCAAAACAGGCAAAACACCUUCACCGCAGCAGAAUUAGUCAGCUACGUAGGACGGAGGGUGUCUGACUUCACUGGGCAGCGAAGAAAAGCACGGGCUGAUAAUCGCGUGGAAGGGAAGAUGUAUUACCUUGAGGAGUUUGAAAGCUUAGUGGAUGAACUCCUCUUCAGACUCAACGCCUUCUCGAACAGUCUGCACCACACUCCGCCUCACAAAGCGCAUCGCUACAGGGAGGAUGACGGCAGCGCCAUCUCACUCAGAGAAGAGCCAUCCGACCUGGACACACAGGAUUUUAUCAGAGCACGGAUGACAGAAGAGAGGAAGAGUGACCUCACAGAUGUCAGUGGUCAUGGAAAAACACUGUCUGCAUCUCUCCUGAUCCGGUCCAAGCUUGAGCUGGAGACGGUUCAAUCCCUGCAGAAGAGACGCCAAAGUGGACACAAUUCCUCUUCAGACAUUGUUGUGGUAUUGGAUAAUUCACAACAACCUCGAACAAGAGCUGAGGAAAACCUGAAAGACGACGAGCUCCAGUCUUACUCAGGUGCAGAAAACUGCCUCUCUGUCACGGAGUGUGGAUCACUCAUCAAGGAUUGGAAAGAAGACGCUCUGGAGAAGAAGGAUGAUGAAUGGACUACAACAAAUGACAACUCCUCUUUAAGUAAAAGUCAGGCCACUCAUUCAGAAGUUGUGGUGGAAGUUCUGGUCCAUGAGGAGCCUGAGAGUGUAGCCAGAUAAACAGUAGGAUCUUCAGAGAGAGGCAGUUCUGGAUGGAACACUACAAACAGUUUUUUUUCUUUAUAAAAAGACACUUCAUAACUUGUUCUUCAUUGAUUAAUGGCCAAUUUUCUUUAAAAGUUGCACUGUGGGUAAUGUAGGCACAAUGUUUUGAAAAGCACUCCACUGGUCUAGCAUUGCACUCCUGUAACACUAUUGGGACUCUAUUACGGACAAAAAAGUGAUCAAAAUCAAUUAAGCAUAAGCAUAAUGUGUACAAUUGGUGGAGUUACCCUUUAAGAGACACCUGCAUAAUAUGGGAAACUGAUGGGAUCCUUAACCUUCAAACGGUACUUUUUAUUUAUUUGUGCUGUGAUAAAUCAAAGUUUGUAAAGCAUUAUUUGUAAUUGUUUAAAAUUUCUAUUUGUGUUUUAAUUAAACCUUGUAUUGGUAUUGUCAGAAGAGAAAGAUAUUGCUUUAUUUGCUAUCUAAAUAUUUGACACUGUCACCUGGGGCUGCAAAGACUGGAUUGUGAUGAGUGUGCACUGUUUGUGCGUCAUAUAAGGUGCAGAUCUGGACUGUCUCAUGCAGUGUAUCUCAAAAUAAAACUUUUAUAGCCUGUG